AUGGAAACAGAGAACAACACAGUGGUGACAGAAUUCAUCCUCCUUGGUCUGACUCAAUCUCAAGAUGCUCAACUCCUGGUCUUUGUGCUGGUCUUAAUUUUCUACCUCAUAAUUCUCCCUGGGAAUUUUCUCAUCAUUCUCACCAUAAGAUCAGAUCCUGGACUCUCAGCCCCUCUUUACUUCUUCCUAGGCAACUUGGCCUUCCUGGAUGCAUCUUACUCCUUCAUUGUGGCUCCCAGGAUGUUGAUGGACUUCUUCUCUGAGAAGAAGGUAAUCUCCUACAGAGGCUGCAUCACUCAGCUCUUUUUCUUGCAUUUUCUUGGAGCAGGGGAAAUGUUCCUUCUUGUUGUGAUGGCCUUUGAUCGCUACAUUGCCAUCUGCCAACCUUUACGCUAUUCAACUGUCAUGAAUUCGAGAGUUUGUUAUGCAUUAUUGUUGGCUCUGUGGCUUGGGGGCUUUGCCCAUUCCAUUGUACAAGUGGCCCUUAUCCUGCACUUGCCUUUCUGUGGCCCAAACCAGUUGGAUAACUUCUUCUGUGAUGUCCCACAGGUCAUCAAACUGGCCUGCACCAACACCUUUGUGGUGGAGCUCCUCAUGGUCUCCAACAGUGGCUUGCUCACCCUUUUGUGCUUCCUUGGGCUUCUGGCCUCCUAUGCAGUCAUCCUCUGCCGUGUAAAAGGGCACUCCUCUGAAGGAAAGAACAAAGCUAUCUCUACCUGCGCCACACACAUUAUCAUUGUGUUUCUUAUGUUUGGACCUGCUAUUUUUAUCUACACUCGCCCUUUCCGAGCUUUUCCAGCUGACAAAGUUGUUGCUCUCUUCCAUACAGUGAUCUUUCCUUUGAUGAACCCUGUGAUUUAUACCCUUCGCAACCAGGAAGUGAAAGCUUCCAUGAGGAAGUUGUUAAGUCAGUACACAGUUUGCUGA